AGCCUGCAGCCGAGAAUAACCAGUUGUUGUCAGAAUAAUAUGCGAACAGAUCAUGAAGAACUCUGCGGCAGUAGUUACGGAACCUUCUGUAUGAACGGUGGGAUUUGUUAUAUGAUUCCAACUGUGUCCAGUCCUUUCUGCAGGUGCAUUGAGAAUUAUACAGGAGCUCGUUGCGAAGAAAUUCUGCUCCCCAGCAUCAAGAGCCAUACAAGAGGUGAAGUGUUUGCAGCUUUUCUGGCUUCGGUGGUUGUCCUGAGCGUCUUGGUGGCUGGAGCGAUCUUCCUUCUGUGCAGGUAA